CUUAUUUCUUAAGUCAUUGUCACACCGAUCACACAGAAGGCCUGUAUAGAUUCAAAUUGGUUAACGAUAUGGCCAGGAAUGGCGCCAAAAUAUAUAUGACUGAAGAGUCCAUGAAAAUUGUUAUAUAUGAAGCAGAGAAAAAGAGAAAUUAUGAAAUUGGCGAUUCUAUACAAUCUUUGAAACUCGGCACCACAACAGUAACAGUGGGCGAUCAGCACAUUGAAGUGACCUUAAUCCCCGCAGGUCACUGCAUUGGCUCAGUCAUGUUCCUAUUCAGAAUACCAAACAAGACCAUUCUAUACACUGGAGACUUUAGAAUCCGCCAAAAUGACGUUCACAAAUACUUACAACUUCACAAGAAGGGGGAUCCGAUUAAAAUUGAUGUGAUGUACGUCGACACUACAUUUAUAGACCAUGACUAUCCUGAAUUUGCUAAAAGAAGCGACAGUGUUGAAGUAAUGUUGGAGAAUAUUGAUGUAUGGUUGAAAGAGGAUGAGUAUAACAGAGUAGCAAUCCAUACUUCAGCGGAAUAUGGUUAUGAAUUUGUGUUCAAUAAAAUUUACAAGCGUUUGGGGGAGAAAGUGGCUGUUGAUGGGGGUAUAUGGCAGUUGUAUAAGUGUUUCCCAGAUCUACUCCCAGCCUUGAAAAACGAUGACAAUGAUCCAAAAAUACAUCUAUGUAGACGGAUAUGGGAUAAAAAUGAUUGUAAACAUAACAAUAACAUACAAAACAGAUACCUAUCGGUGUUUUUCUCAGCAAGAUCUUGGAAGAAUUAUGACGAAGAGACAAAAUCCUGCGAGAUUUCUGGCCCAGACGUGAUCAAAGUAUUGUACGCAACGCAUUGUAGUAGAAGUGAAUUGCUGUACUUCGUAAAUUAUUUGGAUCCAGUGAAGAUCAUUGGAUUUCCGAAUCCCUAUGUUCCUAGAAUCAAGGAAACCAAUUAUAAGGACAGCUUUACUCCUUCACCCCUGAAGAAGAAGAAGUUAGAGGCAGCAGAAGAAGUGACGGUGAAGAGAAAAGUUGACAGAAAACUGUUAGAAGAAAUGUUUGGGGUUUGAUUAGUAUUUGACCAUGUCGCACUCUUAAUAAAAUAAUGACCCAUUUCUAAAUUGCCAAUUUGUGAGAAUCGUCAAACAACCAAUUUCUGUUUGCGACCUUUUAGUUUUUUCCCUUUUUUUCAUGCGGUUUCAUUUUUACCUAUCUUUAAUAAGCUCAAUUUUAUAGCAACUUAAAAAAAAAGCUAGCAAACAAAAAUUAGUUUUCCGACGACUGCCACAAAUUAUCAAUUUUGGAAUAGGUCAUUAUUUUAUUAAGAGUGCGAUGUAGAUACCACGCUAAGUGCUUCUUGCUGUGAAGAAAAAAAUGUGUUAAUGUUACUAAUAAGUAGUCCAUUUCAUGCACGCACACAACUAAAUCUUAAACAUAGUUUAUGUAUGACUGCCUUGGUGGCAUAGUUGUAAUUGUACAAGGUAUGUUUACCACGCUGAGGUCCUGGGUUCGAGUCCCGGAUUAGUUCAAAAUAAUAGUUACUGGGUUUAAAUUCCAUUUUAGAAAUUACUCAGUCGCAGUUCGGAAUAAGUUGGUGUGAUAUCUCUGUGUCAUGUAAAGCCGUUGUUCGCUGAUCUCUCCGGUCAUGUCGUCUCACCGGACUAUGAGAAGGAACAGAGAGUGCUUGUGUAUUGCACACACUUAUACACUAUAAUAUUUCCUGGCUGAUCUCCGUUGAGAUUGGCCGCCAAAGAAAUUCGGCUAUGAUUGAUUAAUUCAUACACGCUAUGAC